AUGCGUUGGCCGAAAUGGCAGAAUUGCAGUCGGGGCGUGAAACCAAGGAUUGGGCAAAUCGAAGAGCCGUUAUCUACCUGUCUCGCCUCGAUCGUCUUCGGUGAUUACGGCCAACUUUCCGCGUUCCGCGGAUUCGCCUCAUUGCGCCCAAAGAAGCGACCGACCGUCGGGCAGAUCGGCAACAGCUUGUACCGUCGCACUGGUACGUCCAGCUUCCGGCCCUGUCCCUUUUUGUCUUUCUCCGAAGGCUCAGCCAACGAGAGCGAAGCUAGUCCGGCCGUGUACAGUCGAGAGAUCCACAAAAACCGGUCCGACUGCCCAGAGUGGGCAAACCGGACAGACAGGCCAAUCCGGCUGGACGGAACCGGCAACAAGCAGCGGGAAGCAGAGCCAAACCGUCUUGGAAGUUGGCGGCACACAGCCGACUCCCGCGACUCCAACUAA